AUGACGACUCCUACCAACAUUGAUCCCAAGGAUAUUCAAGCAUACUGGGCCAAAUAUCAAGGGGACAAGUAUGUUGAGGGCUGGGCCUCCCUCUGGGACAAAGGUGAUAAUCUGCCCUGGGAUCGUGGCUUCCCCAACCCCGUGCUAGAAGACACCCUGGUCCAGCGAGCUGGCACCAUUGGCGGGCCCAUCGCCCAGGACGGUGAGAGGCGGAAGGCCCUGGUGCCGGGCUGUGGACGUGGAGUCGACGUGCUCUUAUUCGCGAGCUUUGGGUAUGAUGCCUAUGGCCUGGAGUGCAGCGCCGCGGCUGUCGAAGCGUGCAAGAAGGAGGAGAAGGAGAACCAUAGCCGGUACCGCGUGCGAGAUGAGAAAGUUGGGAAAGGCAAGGUCACUUUCGUCCAGGGGGAUUUUUUUGAUGAUACCUGGUUGAAGGAAAUUGGAGUACCUCGAAAUGGAUUUGAUGUCAUUUAUGAUUACACGUUUUUCUGUGCUCUAAACCCAGAGCUCCGUCCUAAAUGGGCUCUCCGACACACCGAACUCCUUGCUUCCUUACCUGCAGGCAGUCUGAUCUGUCUGGAAUCUCCUCGUCAUAAGGACCCCUUGGCCCCCGGCCCUCCAUUUGCCUCUCCCUCCGAGACCUACAUGGAGCAUCUGAGCCACCCCGGUGAGAAGAUCUCCUACAACGAUAAGGGUCUUGUCGAUGCGGACCCGUUGCGAGAGCCCAGCAAGGCGGGCCUGGAGAGAGUGGCGUACUGGCAGCCAGAGCGCACGCACACUGUGGGCAAGGAUAAGAAUGGGGUGAUCCAUGACAGAGUCUCUAUUUGGCGUCGACGUGACUAG